AUGUCGACACCGGCCAGAAUCCUCCCCCGCCUCCGGCCCGUGGUGCCUCGCAUCGCCCGCCCUCCUCGAAAUGCCUUCAUCACCAUCCAGGCCCAGACCGGCCCCGACCCGAUCGAGCCCUCCAAAGCGCAAGCGCACCCGCUAGGCGCCUACUACGAGAUGAUUCUCACCAAGCCCCAACCCAUCCCCGACGAGAAGCCCGAGGAGCCCCCCUCCUCCUCCGCCAUCAAGCAGGAGGAGCAAGGCCGUAAGACCUCGCCUCUCUCCCCAGACCACCCGGAACCCUCUGCUGAAGCUCAAUCCGCACAGCCGGUGCCGACACCGCCCCCGCAGACCGCGGCUGAGAAGGCCUCCAUCGUCUUCGGCUCCGCCCUGGCCGGUCCCGCCGAGCGCAAGAAGCGUCUCGAGGAACUCCGCAAUCAAAGUACGAGGGUGGCAGGGGUGUUGAUACCUCCAAAGCCCGAGGAACCUGAUAAUUGCUGUAUGAGCGGCUGCGUCAAUUGCGUGUGGGAUCGGUUCAGGGAGGAGAUGGAAGAGUGGUCGGCGGCGAACGCGGAGGCGCAGAUGAAGUUGAGGGAGGAGCAGGCGGCCAAGGGGCAGCCGGUCUCGGAUACGGUCAGCAUGGACGACGACGGCGGCGGUUCAGAAACAAACUGGGUACCAAAGGACCCGAAGAUCGCCAAGGAUAUGUGGGAUGAGAAGCUGUAUGGGGAUAUUCCGGUCGGCAUUCGCGAGUUCAUGAAGACGGAGAAGAAGUUGAAAGCGAUACACGAGAAGGAGGGGACUGUAGGUGGCUGA